AUGACGUUUCCAAACUUCUCUCGGAAGAAGAAAAUGGCGGAUGCGGUUGUGAGUCCGAAAGACAUCGCCAUUAUAUUCAAGCGGUUGAAAACUCUUCCUGAUAAUAAGACUUGCUUUGAUUGCGGACAUAACAAUCCAACGUGGGCAUCAGUAACUUACGGAGUAUUUCUAUGUAUAGACUGCUCGGCCGUUCAUCGAUCUCUCGGUGUUCACUUGACCUUCAUUAGGUCGACGCAACUGGAUACAAAUUGGACAUGGCUACAGUUAAGAGCGAUGCAAGUUGGCGGCAAUGCGAAAGCGAAUGCUUUCUUUAGACAGCAUGGUCUCUCCACUGAAGAUACAGCUGCUAAAUACAAGGGUCGUGUGGCCCAGAUGUACAGAGAAAAGCUAGCAACACUAGCAGCAAGAGCUUUCCAACAAUAUGGAACCCAGCUUCAUUUGGAUAGUCACCAUGGUCCACAUACACCCAACUCUCCUGAUCGUAAAGAUCAUGAUUUCUUCAAAGAAGUAGAGAGUCAGUCUUUUCAGCAGACUGUUGUGAUACCAACAAAUGGAAAGAAUGGAAACAAUGCUGGCAAUGAUCUUAGCCAAAACAUGGAAAAUCUUAGUGUUUCUCCACCAAAGCAUCAAGAUGCCCGUGUACCCACAAUAGGAACCAGAAAGCCUGCUGCUACCAAGAAGAAAGGGCUUGGAGCUAAAAAGGGUGGAUUAGGAGCAACCAAGGUGAGCACAAACUUCAGUGAGUUGGAAUCCAGAGCCCAGCAACUGGACAAAGACAGGGAAAAGGCAGCGCUUGUGAAUGCCAAAGAAGCUGAAGCAGAGCUCAUGUCUCCCAACCUUGCAUACAACCCUGUGAACUUCAAGAAAGAGGAGGAAAAGAUGCGACACACUGAUCCCAAAAAGGCUGCGCAGCUGGAACGUCUCGGGAUGGGUUUAGGUGGGGGUAAGAAAGGGACAUCCACCCCUUCUGGCAGAGGUCAUUCUGCAUCAGCUGCCAUGGAGACCGUUGAGCAAUUGAGGCCUUCCAAGACACAGCCAUCCUUUGCUGACAAGCUCAGGGUGUCAUCAAACUCCAAUAUGGAUUUAUUUGACAGCUAUGGAAUGGAUGGGACAAGUUUUACUGAACCACCUCCCAUGUAUGAUAGUCCAUUUGGAUCAAGCUCCUGGGAUAGGGAUAGAGAUAGGGAUGAAAUAGGCUCAUCUUUUUCCAGUGAAAGGCGAUCAAGCCGUGAAGACAGGUUUGACAGAAGAAGAGAUCCAGAACCUGUAGAUUAUUCAUCUUCAGGUGAAGCUCAAAGAAAGUUUGGAAAUGCCAAGAGUAUUUCCUCAGCUCAGUUUCAUGGAAAUUCAGACCAGGAGGAGUAUGCCAUCAAGUCUCGGCUGGAUCGUUUCCAAGGAUCCAACAGUGUUUCUAGUGCAGACCUCUUUGGCAAUGAUGACAGCAGACCUUCAAGAUCAAAUGCUGCUGGUAGUUUUUCAUCAGCUGAUCUUUCACAGCUUAAAGAAGGAAUGGCUAGAAUGACUGGGAAGUUGUCAAGUAUGGCUUCAGGAGUUAUAGGAACAUUACAGAACCGUUACAGUGGGUCCAGUUGAAGAUUGUUACAAUCUUAGCAAUUACAACUAGGAGAAUUUGUCAUUUCAAUUGGCAUUAUUGAAGUAUAUUCAUUAACAAGUUAUGUUUUGUUAACCAAUGUGAACAACACAUCAAGGCAAGGUCCAACCUUGUUGACCAGCUAUUUAUUCUCCUUUCAUGUUUUUUCUUUGGGGAAGUUGUUUGUAGAGUGGAAGAUGAUAAAGUUCAUUUGCUUUUGUCCUAAAAAAGUUGCAGUUCAACCUAUUGAAUUCAUGAAAAAAAAUAAUUCACUGAAUUACUACUGGUGUACCUUCCAUCUAUCAAUGAUUCCUCUCUGAGUGAACGAGAAGUAGGCUCUUCAGACGGUUUUAAAUUGGACCGAGUUUGAUAAGAUCUUACAGGCAAUAAGAAAAGUAAUGUAUUGCCUAUGUUACUCACUGGCAAUUUUAUGAGAAUUUAUAGUUAAAAGAGGAACAUUAAACUGUUUCAGACAGAAAGGUGAAUUAGAAAGAAAUGAUUAAAUUAAAGAGAACGUUUUCACGAUUUCUUCAAAUCUAGUGUUCUUCCAAAGCAGGGCAUUUUUUAGGGGAAUACAAUGUAAUUGAAAUCAUUACCAGAAUAUUUACAAAGGAAAAGGGAGUGAAGUGAAGAAUAUAUCUUGACUGUUCAUUUGAAUGUUUAAUGCUAGCAAACCUCAGCUUUGAAAAAAUAAAACUCAGAAUUUUAGGAAUUUAACAUUAAAUUUGAAUUUACACGAUACAUUGGUCACUCAGUCUUAUUUAUUGUUCAACUGUCAGUAUACAUGCAACACCAUCUUGUAAACUUCACUUUUUUCCUAAUCCUUCUAAGGCCGUUCAUCCCAAUUACACAUGGUCAGUCAGUGUAUAGUAUUCAUGCUCAAAACAAGGUUGAACCAUGCUUAAAUAGCUUGCCAGUGUUGCCUUCAGCUUGGACAAGUGUUGAUCUCAAGUUACCUGUGAUUAUUGGUAACCAUUAUCGGCCAUGAUAUCUUUGCAAGGGAGUUGGAAUGUUUGUCAUACAGUAAAGACUACUCUAUACAUGAUGUAGGUAGCGCAAUAAACUAUUAUUGUGUAAUGGAAGCAGCUAUCUGCCUGUUAACUUUGAUUUCAGUAUAGUAUAAUAUAUUCUAUUAUUUUGUAGUGUAACAUCAUUGUGUGGCAAAAGUAGAAUUCAUAAGAGUUAGAAAUGGAAUAUUUUAAAAUCCAAAAUGUUCUACGGGUAUGGGUGAAAUUGUUAAUUAUUUUAAUACUUACCUUUUUAACUGAUGGUAUUGUUCAUUUACAAUAUAAACGUUUUUGAAUGAAACCAUAGCUUUAUGAUGGCCCAUAAAAUUAUUUGGCCAAAAGUUCUGCUGAUGGCUCACUUCAUGUUCUGUUGCAAUAGUAUUGAAAUUAUAUGCCAAUUGUUGUUUUCUUGCUCGGGCUUAAAAUGAUCUCCAAUUGAUUGCAGACCUCAUAUUUUUUUUUUUGAAUCAGACAUUAUAUCUUGUUAGAGGUUCAGAAAAGUGCACAAAAAAACAGUUAUUAUGUAGUUUUCACUUGUAACAUAAUCACAUAUAAUUAUUGUAGCAAAUUAGCAAGUGGUUUGUUAGUUAUAGGCAUUUUAAAGUAAUGUUAAGUGGGUCAUUGUAAAUGAAAAUGGUUUAUGACUUCUGUCUUUCAGCCCCAACCUGAUCUAAGUGGUGAUCAUUGCUCUGUUAAGACAUUGUUGUUCUUGAUCAGGAUGAGUAAAGAAGACUUUUGUCACAGUCCUUUAAUUUAUUGUAAAAAACAUCCUUGUCAUAGCAGGAGAAACUUCCAUAAAGUGUUUCUUUUUUUAAGGAGGAAGUAGUGGUAAAUUUGUGUCGUCUUUGGGGCUGAAAGAUUUCCGGUAUAGCAUUUAAAAUAAUUAUACAGCCUGGUGCCUUGGUGUUGCUUCCUAGCUUUGAGUUUUUGAAGCAGGUAAGAAAGAGAAGCACUUGGCUGCAUAUGAAUGGACUAUUCAGUAUGUGUAGUGAACUCCCUGUAAUCCAGAUACUUGGCAGAGACCUCUUGGAAAUAUUUCAUCCUAGAAGAGGCGUUGUCCACUUUUGUGGGGUUUCCUUGACAACAUCUCUGUCUUGGUGAGGGUUGACCAUCGUAAAGGGGGAGCUCACUCUACUUGUAGAAAUGUCUAUGUAAUGUGUUGUUGUCACUUGAUUAAAUUGUUUUAAAAUCCGG